GCGACGUGUAUGCAAUCAUAUACAGCGUGUCCCUUUUGAAGAUUCUAACUCAAAACAAGAAACACUUGUAAAUUGAAAGUUGAAUUUAAUAGAAAAAAAAAUAUGCCGCUUUCCGAAGCAGAUCAGAGCUCGUGGACCUUCAGGCUCAAGCACCACAAGACGACUAUCCUUCUCUUUGUGCGACCAUUACAAUCAUUCGAUUCUAUUAAGGAAGAUCUGCUCCAUGCCCUAAGGUCUACACGCCCUGAUGGCACAUUGAACGGCAACAAGAUCCCUACAAGCUCCGACGAAGUUGUACUCGGUGUACCUAUUGAUAACAACGACUUAAGCAAAGGCUGGGUAGCACUCGAGAUCCCGGAGUCAGAGAUUCUCGAUGAGCAAGGCGUCAAACGAAAGGUCGGCGGCAAGCAGAGUGUUCUAAAUCAGAGCCCCCAAGGAGCAGGACUGAAAGAUGGAGCGGUGCUGGCGUUCAAAUUCCGCGAACCAGGCGCUGGAAAGACAAAGGACGAGGACAAAGAUGACCUAGGGUUAGAGGAUGAACAAGAUGAUGGGCAAUGGGAUGUAUCGAUUCCAAGCUACGAGGAGGAGUAUGGUAGUCAGGCGGACUAUUCCGAAGAGUGACGAGAAAAGCAGCGAGAGAAGGGAGAAGAGGGGGAGGGCUAGUGAAGCCCGGAGAUUUUGUGUCAUACUGGCGUUAUCUGGAACUGCAUCUGGAAUCAUGGUAUCUAUUUGAUGAGAAUGAUGUAUGAAAUACCCUUGAUAAAAGUUAUUCAAAUGAAGGGGACUAGUCUCAUUAGUACAAAUAACCUCAAAGGUGUGUUUACUACAGGGUCAAAUGAUGAAUGACGAACGGACCCUUUUUCAAAGAUGCCAAACGAUUCGUCUUAUUUUCUAAGGCAUUACUGAUGUAUAGAUCACCAUAAUAUAUUUAAUUACAAGGCA